CCUUCUCGCCAAUUAAAAGCAGCCACCAAAGUCGCCAUGGUCGUCCUUUGCUGCCGGCGUGGUUGAGGAGCUCCGACGCAGCGCGUUGAGGAGGAGCUUUGCGGCGACCAUGGCGAGGCGCUCAGGCACCCAAGGAGAUGGCGGCCAUGGCAAGUGGCGUUGGGCUCAGGCAGCACCUGCUGCUGGCCUGCGAGAUGGCGCGAGCCUCCGACCGGCUUCUCCCGUACGGCUGCUCGGACGCGGGAUGGAGGCCAUGGCGACGCCACCGAGCCUCCCGGCGGUUUCGGGCGCGAGCUGGUGGCCACAGAGCUUCCCAACCGGCAGCAAAGGGGCAAGCAGCAGCGGCGGCCGGCAACAUGCGCACGCAGCAGCGGCAAGCAGAGCGCGCACGCAGCAGCAGCUUGCACAGCAUCAUCCUCAGAAGUUGACAAACCAUCCAUCUGCUGCCGACCAUGAUGCCAAAAACAAGGACGCCCGGCAAUUGCGUGUUCAGCAGCUAAGGAAAAUAAUGCUCGAUCUUCUGGUACAUGCCUCGACAUGUCGCUCUCGUAGCUGCCAAUUUCCUAACUGCCUUAAGGUCAAGGAACUAUUUCUGCAUGCGAAGGAGUGCAAAAGGCGUGCUUCAGGAGGGUGUGCCCUGCGCAAAAAAGUGUGGUACAUGAUUCGGCUCCAUGCCCAAGCUUGCAGAGAUUCAGGAUGCAGUAUGCCGAGGUGCAGGUGGAUGGGCGCGUCUAUCAUUUGUCCUGCUACCUCCACCUCUCUUCUGCAUGCGCGUACAGUAUUGCAAUCUGGAGUAACACCUGACCACCACUUCUGGAAACUACACAGGGAUUUGAAAGACCAUCUUAGAAGGUUGCACCAGCAGUCCGAAUCCAGGAGAGGGCUGCUGUUAACGAAAUGAUUACACAACGGGCAGCAGAAGCUUGGGAUGGUUGAACUAGAGAAUCUAGGCAAGACGUUUAGAUGGAUCUUUCAACUGGAGAUGGAAGAAGGUGCUGGGCAUUCUUCGCCGAUGAUUAACGUAUGGCUCGGAAGCCUACCUUUUUUCUGAAGGAAGGGUCAAUCUCGUUGACGUCAUGUCGUCUAUUGUUGAAAGACAAUGGUUAAGCUGUUUUGUUUCCCCCUCCAAUUUAGUUUCUUGUUACCUCAGGAGGGGUAUAGUAGGAAGAAAAAGGGAGAUGGGGAUGUGCACACAGGGCCCUGUUUAUUUCUGCCCCCUCCCAUUUUGUAGGUCCAAUCUUUAUGUUUAGUUAAAAGUAUAAAGCAAAGUAAGCAAAUCCA